AUGCACCAACUUUCGGGACCGGAUGGACCGCUGAGCCUGAACGCACACGUUUCACAGCUCGAGAAUGCCGUCAUCCAGCGCGCCACCCACGCAGUGAAGGUCAUCGACUUUGGCCUCACCAAGCACAUCGAGAGCGCCAGGACCAUAGGCAUUGGCACGCCAGAGUACAUGUCACCCGAGAUGAUUACGGGCGGCGCGCCCGACGCGGCGGGCGGCCCCGGCUUCCAGCCGCCCGCAUACUUCCAAAACGGCGCCGCGGCGCUGCCCUACGAUGCCCGGAAGGUGGACACCUGGGCUCUGGGGGUUCUGCUGUACGUCCUGGUGUCGGCUCAGUACCCCUUCUCGGACCCCAACCGGCCCGGCGGCGCUGAGAGCAACAUCGCGGCGAUCCUGCGCGGCCGCGCGCAGCCGCUGCCGCCAAGGGUCACCGCCGAGUGCCGCGCCCUCAUCGCGCGCAUGCUCAACCCGGACCCUGAGGCGCGCGCAUCUCUCGAGGACAUCGCCGCCACCCCCUGGCUGCUCCGAGGCGCCGCCGCCCACGCCGCCCGCGUCGGCCGCGGGGACCUCGUUUCCGCCCCCCUCGUCGACCGCUCAGGCGUCCCCCGCUCCCUGCCGACUGUGAGCAGCUCCGGCUACACCUCUAUGACAGGCGGCGGCGACUCGGUCACGCCGCCGCCGCAGGCCGCAGCCGCGCCGUUUGGCGGCACCUCCGGCGCGACGCCGGCCGCCGCGGCGGCUGCGUCGGCGCCGGCGGGGGCGGAGGCGGGCGGGGCGCGGGACGAGCGAAAGGGAUCUGGGCGGGCGGCGGAAAAGGGGGAGACGCGGAAGAAAGACGGGGAGGCGCGCCGCAAGGCGAGCGGCCGAGGCGGCGGAGGGUGCUGCGUUGUGUGCAGCCCCGUGAUCUAG